AUGGUGUUCGUCCAGUGGACCGUAGCAGCUGCGCUGCUUCAACUCGCGUCCACGGUCGGCGCGCAUGGCCAUGACGAGGGCAUGGCAGAUAUGGAUAAUGGCGUCGACAAUACCGCACAGGACCAACAGGAGGGCGACCCAUACUACCUGCCGAGCUAUGCCGGCUUGUCAGCACACUCGGGACUGAUGAUGGCGCAUAUUGGCCUCAUGGUGCUCGCGUGGUUCUUCAUCCUGCCAAUCGGCAUCAUGUUCAGCAUUGCUCGCUCUCGAUACACCCUACCGGUGCAGUUCCUCUUCCUGAUUGUCAAUGGCGUCGGUGUCGUUCUCGCCACCAUUUACAACGCCAAUACCCCCGACCUAUACGAGAACAACGCGCACCACACCAUCGGCUGGAUCGCGACGUGGGUCAUGACGGCGCAAACUGUCAUGAGCUUGCUGUUCUUGUACUCGGGCCGUGUCAAGAUGACAGCCUCUUCGUCAGACGAGCGCGUCGCAUACCUGCCAGUCUCGGCUGAGAACAUGGACCAGUACCAUGUGUCGUCACCUUACCGAGAUACUCGCUGGUCUGGAGACAGCGGCUCCCCCACUGGGAGAUCCUCGACCACGCUCAACAGCUCCCGCGACAUUUCACCCACCGAUGCUCAUCGCCUGUCGAAGGAGGCCGAGAACGAGGAUGUCGAUGAUGAAGAAGGGCUGCCGAUGCUGAUACCAACGUCAAUGUCGACUCGCACCGAGCAUUCGUCAUCACCAUCGCGGUUUCGCAUCAGGGCUGUGCAUGCUUUUCUGUCCAGGAAGGUCCCUACCUUCUUAUCCAAGAAGCUGCUAUUCACCGCUCAGGUUGGCUAUGAGAUUGUCGACAGGACGAUCCUGAUCCUCGGAUGGAUUGCAAUUGUCACAGGUGGUGUGACGUUGGCUGGCUGGAUGCGUGCGGAUAACGUCUUUGGUGGGCUCGCCCAUUUUAUCAAAGGAGGAAUAUUCUUCUGGUAUGGCUUGUUAACGCUUGGGCGAUUUAUGGGUUGCUUUUCCGACUUUUCAUGGGCGUGGAACAAUGCCAAACCUUUAAACGUAGAUGAUUGGCGCGCCCGUAUUCCCUCGGCGGAAUUCACCGAGUCAUUCGUCAUCUGGCUGUAUGGUGCAAGCAAUGUCUUCCUCGAGCAUCUCGCUGGCUGGGGCCAGGAGUGGGUGGCCCAGGACCUCGAGCAUGUGUCCAUCGCCAUUAUGUUCUUCGGUGGUGGUUUGCUUGGUAUGCUCGUCGAGUCCAAGACCAUUCGCCGGUGGUUGAACACACCCGUCGAUGUGAUACCCAUGAGGAAGGAGAUGCAAGCAGAUGAGGCAGACGCUGUGCGACAAGAACCUCGACAGUAUGCACACUCGAUGAACCCCGUACCGGCCCUGGUGAUUCUCCUGCUCGGCAUUAUGAUGUCUUCGCACCAUCAGGACUCGGCGGUAUCGACCACGGUGCACGGCCAGUGGGGCACUCUGCUCGCCGGCUUCUCCGUUGCACGUAUCGUCACCUACCUUUUCCUCUACUUGGCGCCUCCCACAUCGAUCUGGCCUGCUCGUCCGCCAUCCGAGCUCGUGGCCUCGUUCUGCCUCAUCUCCGGUGGUCUCGUUUUCAUGGCCAGCACCAGGGACGUCAUUCGUUGGAUGGAGGACCGCAACCUCAUGGCCAUGUUCAUCUUUACCGUCGUGAUGGGCUUCACUGCCUUGCUGAUGGCGUGGCAAAUGCUCGUCCUAGCACUCAAGGGCUGGGCCGUGCGACGUGAAGCGAAGCUGUCAGGAGCUUCCGUCCGUUGA